ACAGAAGUCACACAUUCGCAGUGAUCAAACAAUGUGGAGAGGAGUGUUUCCUUUGCUUCGACGCCGAUCCUUCAGCACCACACCCGAAAUCCCAACUUUAUACUCUUUCUUGCAACCCACCAUCUUUGCCCUUAAAAAGACUCCACCGUCAACCACAAACCCCGCCACCACCACCAACAGACAAACCCUGAAAAUCUUAACACAAGAUCACAUAACCAAUCUAGAAUCCACCCUUCACAAGUCCCUCAUCACUAACAACACUAAUGAGGCAUGGGCGUCUUUCAAGUCAUUAACCUCAAACUCAGCUUUCCCAUCCAAGUCUCUCACUAACUCACUCAUCACACACCUUUCCUCUUUCAAUGACACCAUCAAUCUCAAAAGGGCAUUUGCUUCUAUUGUUUAUGUUAUUGAGAAGAACCCAAAAAGUUUAGAUUUUGAAACGGUACAACUGUUUCUUGGUUCAAUGGUACGUGCCAACACUGCUGCUCCUGCUUUUGCUUUAAUCAAAUGUAUGUUUAAGAACAGGUUUUUUAUGCCUUUUCGACUGUGGGGUGAUAUUCUCAUUGAAAUUAGUAGAAAAAAUGAUAAAGUUAUUGCCUUUUUGAAAGUUUUUGAAGAAAGUUGUAGAAUUGCUAUUGAUGAGAAAUUGGAUUUUAUGAAACCUGAUAUGGAUGCUUGUAAUGUGGCUCUAGAAGGGUGUUGUUGCGAACUUGAGUCUGUUAGUGAAGCUGAAAAGGUUAUAGAAACUAUGUCCGUGCUGGGUAUUAAGCCUGAUGAAUUGAGUUUUGGGUUUCUUGCUUACUUGUAUGCACUGAAGGGGUUUCAAGAUAAGAUUAUCGAGUUAAACGGUUUAAUGAGUGGCUUUGGUUUUUCGAAUAAAAGGUUAUUUUUUAGUUAUUUGAUUAGGGGGUAUGUAAAGUCAGGGAGUUUUGAGGCUGUUUCGGAAACUAUUCUACGUAGUUUGAGGGAACAAGGUGGACUAGAUAUGAAUUUUAGCGAGGAAACUUAUUGUCAGGUGGUUAAAGGAUUUAUGAAAGAUGGAGGUAUCAAGGGUUUAGCAAACUUGAUCAUUGAAGCUCAGAAGUUGGAGUCAGCAACUAUUGCUGCGGAUAAAUCAACUGGGUUUGGUAUUAUUAGUGCCUGUGUUAAUCUUAGAUUAUCAGAUAAGGCGCACAGUAUUGUUGAUGAAAUGGAUGCUCAAGGUGGUUCUGUGGGACUUGGGGUCUUUCUGCCAAUCUUGAAGGCAUAUUGCAAAGAGUAUAGAACAGCUGAAGCUACACAGCUGGUCAUGGAUAUUAGCAACAAAGGGCUUCAAUUAGAUGAGGGGAGCUAUGAUGCACUAAUUGAAGCAUCAAUGACAAGCCAAGAUUUCCAGUCAGCUUUUACUUUGUUUAGGGACAUGAGAGAGGGAAUAGCUGAAUUGAAAGGAAGUUAUUUGACAAUUAUGACAGGUUUAAUGGAAAAACAGCGUCCUGAACUAAUGGCUGCUUUUUUAGAUGAAAUCGUUGAGGACCCUCGAGUUGAAGUGAAAACUCAUGACUGGAAUUCAAUUAUUCAUGCUUUUUGUAAAGCUGGGCGGUUAGAGGAUGCAAAGAGGACUUUCAGAAGAAUGACUUUCCUACAGUUUGAACCAAAUGACCAAACAUACUUGUCCCUAAUUAAUGGGUAUGUGACUGCAGAGAAAUAUUUCGGUGUUUUGAUGCUCUGGAAUGAGGUUAAGCGAAAGGUCUCACUGGAUAAAGAGAAGGGUAUUAAAUUUGAUCAAAGUUUGGUUGAUGCAUUCCUAUAUGCUAUGGUGAAAGGAGGUUUCUUUGAUGCAGUGAUGCAAGUCGUAGAAAAAUCUCAGGAGAUGAAGAUUUUUGUGGAUAAAUGGAGGUACAAGCAAGCGUUCAUGGAGAGUCAUAAGAAGCUGAAAGUAUCAAAGUUGAGAAAGAGGAACUUCCGAAAAAUGGAAGCACUUGUUGCUUUUAAGAAUUGGGUGGGUCUAAAUGCAUGAGUUUCAAGGAUGUCCCAUGGUAGUUAUCUGCUUGAGCUUUUGCUCAAAGGUUUUACCAAAAUUUUUAGAGUUCAAAUUUGAAGCACCUACUUCAAUCUUUAAGCUCUUUCCAAUGAACAUAAGAGUCACUCAGUACUUUAUUCCCUUGGCAUAUGAUUUUUGGCAUAGUAGAGGCUGUAUAAACAUUUAAACUGGAAGGGAUGCAUGACCUAUGGGGAACAAGAGUAGUUCUGAAAUUGGGCUGGUUUGAAUGCAUGAAUGUUGCCAAGAUGUGUGACUGUGGGCUAUAGGAAUGCUUCUGAAAAUCGGGCUGGUUCAAAUGCAUGGUGAAUGCAGAAAAAUCUGCUCACACUGCAAGGAUUGCUGUUUGCUUAAAUUCCAUCAAAAUCAAAUGAAAGUGAUUUGAAGGAUCUUUAGGGAAAUGAAAUUUGUAUUCUUUUAUUCGGAUGAUGUGAAUGGACUAGCUUCCAGAUAAUUCUGAGUUCCCUCUGGCUUCUAGUCAUGAUACAGGAUUCUGUAAAGGACUGUCUCCUGUGGCGAGGCUAGUGCAGUGCUUAUUUCAAUCAAUUGCAUCAUAACUUCCUUAUUGUGUCUUGCUUGAGAGGGCAUUUUACUUGGCCAUAUCUUCAGACUGGAUCUAGAUUCACUAUUGAUGGAUGAAUCAGCUGAAGCAAUCACUUGUAGGGAGUUUUUUUUUCUUGUCCAUUCCAGAGUUCUGUUGAGCUCUUUAAUAAAUUUCGAUAGCUAAGAAAGCAAGGUAAACCUUGUCAGCUUUUUAGGAUGGCAUUUCGUUUUAGUGGCUUUAAACCUUUCUCUGUGUUUUAGUAUGUAUCAUUUUGUAUUGAAAUAGAUAUUCGAAUUCUUGA